AUUUGAAGAUACAUAUAUAUUUAUGUACGAAGGAAAAUGUGUGUAUCAAAAUAACACUGAAGUUACCGAAAAAUUGACUGUCGAUCUAUAAAAAAAAAAGAACUGUUGAUAACAAAAAACUGAAAUUUUCAUGGCUUACCGUUCAAGUCGCCAAGUAUUGGCUUCAAGUGACGAUGAUUCUGACAAUGAUUGGGAUAAAAGUCCUAAAAACAAAAAAAGACGUUUUAGUCAAGUAACAGAAAUUACUACAGCUAAUGAGGAUGAUGAUAUUGAUGAUGCUUCGGAAGAAGAAGACGAGGAGCUUAAUAACAGCAAUCGUAUGACACCUAGUAUCGAAAAAGCUAUUCAGAGAAGUAUAUCGAAGCUUAGUCAGGAAAAUUUAAACUUGGAUGCUGAAGAUAGGAAGGACGAAAAAACAUCGCUGAUUGACCACAAUUAUUGUGUCUCUAAGAGUCCGGUUUUGUUUGAAGACGAUGAUCCAUACCAUGGAUAUCCUCAAGAAGAAACUAUUGAUAGAGAAUAUGAUCCCGGAAAUUUGAAUGAUGAGUGUCUAAACAAUCCUAAUGGUAGUAUUAAGGAUGAAGGACCGAUUGAUAUUGAUGUUUUGGAAGAUCCAAGUGAUUUAAAUCAUUUAAAUGGCGAAGCUAUUGAUGAUUCUUUAGAAGAGUCUUUUGAGGUACCACGCUUAGCUACAAACCAUAUUGAUAAGAAUGAAGUGACUGAUGGGACUGAUUGCUCGCCAAAAAUAAAAAAUGUUGAGACAACGCACUAUAAGGUUUCUGAAGAAGCUGCAUCUGAGCAAGCAGUUGCAAAUGAUUUAAAAAUACUUAAAGUUAUGUUCGUUCGCACCGACGAAAAAGGUACUCCUGUUGAUGACAACGGUAUUGAGGACAAACUAGAGGAGAAUAAUAAUAUAAAGUGGUCUGAAGGCAAGGACAAUGGUCAAGCCGUGAGGAAAUUUAAGCUGAUUGAACGAAGAUCCUCGGACGCGUCUCAUAAAUCAUCGGAAACCUCUGUAAUCUCGGGAUCACCUAAAGAAGCAGUAACUCAUUACAAAAUAUUGAACAGUCAAGAAAAAAUAAUUACUGUUCAAUCCAGCUGCAAAGAUUGUGAUCAAGAAAUAAAUAAAGAUGAUCAAAUUUUUACCGGAAGUUCUCAAUCACAGAACAAUGACUCUUUAUUGUCUACUUUAGUAAAAGUCGAAAUGAAAAGCGACGAUUCACAGGAUGAAAAUGAAGAUGAAAGCGUUUUGGCGGACGAUUCCUUUGAAUAUAGAGUAGAAGAAGAAAAAGAAGCUUUAGAAGUUAAGCCUAAGAUUAAUAUCAAACCAACAUCUGACCAUUCAACCAGAGAUUUAGGAAAAAAAGCUCUACAAACGUUCAAAGAGCAACAAUCACUUACCGUUGAGCGGUUACAAGAUCUCCAUGGAUCUUUGAUCUCUCGUCCAACUGAAACUUCCCAAGAAGAAGACCCCGCGGGGCUGAAUACCAAUCUUAUGCCUCAUCAACAACACGCACUAGCUUGGUUGCUGUGGAGAGAACAACAGAAACCUCCUGGUGGAGUUUUAGCCGAUGAAAUGGGGCUCGGCAAGACACUUACAAUGAUUUCGUUGGUGCUGAAGACGCUGCCAGAGUUUCAGAAAAAAAAGUUUGAAGACAGCUCACAUAGAUUUAGACUGCUCAAGUAUUUUGGAGGAACUCUCGUUGUGUGUCCAGCUUCAUUGGUCGCGCAAUGGGCCCAAGAAAUUAGGAAACAUUGCAAAAAAAAGCAGCUUACUUACGAAAUCUACCAUGGACCCAACCGAGAAUCUAAUAUUAAACGACUAGUGAGAAACGACAUUAUUAUUACGACUUACAAGCUAUUAAGUCGCGAGACUACUAACAGGGGAAUUAGUAACUUGCUCUUCAAAGUUCAUUGGGAGCGUGUGAUACUGGACGAAGCCCACAUAGUUCGUAACCACAAGAGCCAAAUGUGUGAUGCUGUCUGUCGUUUGACAGCAAAUAAACGUUGGGCCAUUACAGGUACUCCGAUACACAACAAACAAAUGGAUCUUUAUGCAAUUUUAAAAUUCUUGAGGUGUUCACCGUUCGAUGACCUCAGGAUCUGGAAACGUUGGGUUGACAACAAAGAUGAUGCGGGACAUCAACGACUCACUACUGUCAUGAAGACACUGAUGUUACGACGUACGAAGCAAGAAUUGAUGAAUAAAGGUCAGAUGGAACCUUUAACGACAAAAGUUUGCAACACAAUCCGCGUGACUUUGGACUCUGACGAACGACUUGUUUAUGAGAAAGUUUUAAUGUAUUCACGUACUCUAUUUGCUCAAUUUUUGCAUCAACGAUCCGAGAAACAGUCUAUGUUUGAAAUGGGUGCUAGCUACGAUCACCGACGUCCGACUACUUCUCCUUAUAUUGCGGGAUUCAACAAAGCUCAGCAGCAAUUAUUAGCUCAACAUGCUGAUAUUCAAAGUCAUGAAAUUCUAGUUCUGCUUUUGAGACUUAGACAAAUUUGCUGUCAUCCGUCGUUGAUUCACUCAAUGUUAGAUCAACAGGAUUUGGAUCAGCAAAAUUUAGAGGAUGGUGCAAUCAAUUUCCAGCUGUUGAAUCAGAUAAACAAUGUUAAAUUGAAAGACAACACUGAAAAAUGUGACAUCGAUGAUGACGACGAUGAAGAGAGUGGAGUUAGCGAACGAGUUAUUGAAAAUUUAUUGACCAAAGAUAACCCUGUAUUUGACACUGAACGUCAAAGUGCUAAAUUAAGAUCUGUUAUAAGUACUAUUAAGUCUAUAUUAGCAAAGAAAGAAAAAGUUAUCGUCGUGUCUCAGUGGGUAGGUUACUUACAAAUUGUAGCGGAGAGUUUGAAGUCUAUUGAAGGUGCUACGUAUAAAUUGUACGUUGGAAGUAUUACUAAUAAAAAUCGAGAGAAAAUAAUUGAUUUGUUCAAUGACGAAAAUCAAGACCCACAAAUUCUUCUUCUGUCAUUAAAUGCCGGAGGUGUUGGGUUGAAUCUUAUGGGAGGAAACCACCUGAUGCUCAUUGACAUACAUUGGAAUCCUCAACUGGAACUUCAAGCGCAGGAUCGUAUUCACCGAUUCGGGCAAAAAAGAAACGUAUUUAUCUACAAGUUUAUCUGCAGUGACACCAUCGAAGAAAGGAUUGAAAAACUUCAAGAAAAGAAGUUGAAAAUUUCUGGUGAAAUUUUAAGUGGAAGUGGUAAGGUUAGCACCAAGUUAACCCUCGAUGAUCUGCGAUCUCUUUUUAAUAUAUAAUUAUAAGCAGUCCUAAUUUUAAAUUAAUUUAU